AGAAAACAAACCAACAACCCUGCCUUUCCCUGAGCCACACGCCAGCUGGAGAGAGGGGCACCCGACUGGAUUCCUGGCGGCUUCAUUUGCAACGGUUUGUGGUUGUUGCUGCUGCUGCUGCUGCCGCCGCCGCUCUCCUGGCUGAAGGGAAGUUUCUCUGCCCUGCAGAGGGCUCCAGCGAAGAGAGACCCGGGGAAGCAGGCUUUCUUCUGGAGCUCCCUUUAAACGCCUGGUGCCUGAUUCAUUCCCUCCCCUUCCACCCGCCUUUGCACACACGCGCUCACGCUCCCUGUGCAAAUUGUUGCAGCCCAGGCUUGUUGGCUUUGCAAUCUGCCGCCUUGCAACGUGCGUGUGUUGGAAAGCGAGCUCGCCUCCCCCGCCCGGGGCCGAGCUCUCGGAUCCCACCCGCUGGAUUCCCUCGCAGGAGAGGCACUGGGCGCUUUCCUGAAGGUGCAAAGCUGCUGCUCCGUGGGGCUGUUUGCAGGACAAUGGGAAACUGACAGACACCCCUCCCCAUUCCCGAGGAAAUGCAUCUCCUGGAGAUUCCUCCCGGCGUUCUGCGCCCAGGAUCCUGCUGCUGGGGGAUGUGAUUUGGAUUUGCAAUGUGACCACGGCAGCCCCGUGUCCAGGAUGCGGCCUCUCACCUGCCUCUCCUAGCCUGGCAACGCCUUGAUCUUCUCAGCCCUGACAAGGGAUCUUCCUCGGGGAUCCCACCCUUGCAGCGCCUGAAGAAGGCAGCCAGGCAGGCAGUGACCCCGCAGGGCUUGGGAUGGGGGCUGAGGACCGGCGUCCCUUCACCCCUCCUAGCCAGGCCACCCUCCAUCGGAAUCCUCCAGCAACCAGCUGAGCUGGUGGGAGCCAGCCCUCCGGCCCCCUUUCUCCGUGAGGACCCCACCGAGGCGAUGAGCGGGAGAUGAUGAUGAUCGACACGCAGAGCUCCACGCAGGAGAUCGGAGAAGAGCUGGGCGAGGGUGUGAUCUACAGCAUAUCGCUCCGGAAGGUGCAGCUCCACCACACAGCCAACAAGGGGCAGAGAUGGCUCGGGUUUGAGAAUGAGUCGGCCUUGAACCUCUAUGAGACAUGCAAGGUGCGGACGAUAAAAGCCGGGACCCUGGAGAAGCUGGUGGAGUACCUGGUCUCAGCCUUCAAGGGGAACGACUCCACCUACGUCACCAUCUUCCUGUGCACGUACCGGGCCUUCACCACCACCAAGCAAGUGCUGGAUCUGCUGCUGAACAGGUAUGGCAAACUGCAUGCCCAGGUGAACGGGGACCAUGCCAGACACGCUGUGGAUGAGAGACUGGAGCUGAAAAACACCAUCUCUUCCAUCCUGGGCGCCUGGCUGGACCAGUACUCUGAGGAUUUCCGCAAGCCCCCAGACUUCACCUGCCUCAAGCAGCUCAUCUCCUAUGUGCGCCACAACAUCCCUGGCUCGGAUCUGGAGCGGAGAGCGCGGAUCCUGCUGGCCCAGUUCCAGCAGCAGGAGCACAGCGAGGCAGAGCCGGAGGCUGUGGACCAUGCCAGCUGCACCUUCCGGAUAGUGGAGGAGAAUGGGCUAGGGGAGGCGAAGCCGGACUUCCUCGCCUUCUCCCAGGAGAUGGUGGCCGAGCAGUUCACACUGAUGGACGCUGAGCUGUUCAAGAAAGUGGUGCCUUACCACUGCCUGGGCUGCAUCUGGUCCCAGCGGGACAAGAAGGGCAAAGAGCACCUGGCCCCCACCAUCCGCGCCACCGUCUCCCAGUUCAACAGCGUCACCAACUGCGUCAUCGCCACGUGCCUUGGGGACCGCUCCCUCAAACCGCAGCAGAGGGCCAAAGUGGUGGAGCGGUGGAUUGAAGUGGCUCGGGAGUGUCGCAUCCUGAAGAAUUUCUCCUCUCUCCGAGCCAUCCUCUCCGCCCUGCAGUGCAACGCAGUUCACCGGCUGAAGAAGACCUGGGACGAGGUGUCACGGGAGAGCUUCCGCACUUUCCACGAGCUGUCGGAAAUCUUCUCGGACGAGAACAACCACUCGCUGAGCCGAGAGCUUCUCAUUAAGGAAGGGACCUCCAAGUUCGCCACCCUGGAAAUCAACCCAAAGAGGGCCCAGAAGCGACAGCAGCAGCAGCGGGAGAUGGGAGUGAUGCAGGGCACUAUUCCCUACCUGGGCACCUUCCUCACGGACCUGGUGAUGCUGGACACGGCCAUGAAAGAUUUCCUGGAUGGGGGGCUGAUCAACUUCGAGAAGAGAAGGAAGGAGUUCGAAGUUAUCGCCCAGAUCAAGCUGCUCCAGUCGGCCUGCAACAACUACAGCUUCACGCAGGAGGACAGCUUCGUGGAGUGGUUCCACGGUGUGGAGCGGCUGAGCGAGGCCGAGAGCUAUAGCCUCUCGUGUGAGAUCGAGCCCCUCUCCGAGUCGGCCAGCAACACGCUGAAGGCGAAGAAAAACACCGGCAUCAUCAAGCGGUGGAGCGACCGGCAGGCGCCAAGCGCUGAGCCCUGCGCCAGCGGCAGCUCCCCCUCCAAAUCCUUCGACCAGCUCAAGUGCGGGCCGUACCUGUGCAGCGGGGACACGGCCGACUCGGUCAGCGUCACCUCGGCCGGCUCCAGCAGCUCCGACGUGGAGGAGAUCAACAUCAGCUUCAUCCCCGAGUCCCCCGACUGCCAGGAGAAGAAGGUACGGGGCAGCUCGCUGGGCUCUCCUCGCGCCCAGGGCAUCAGGAGCCAGUUCUGGGAAUGCACCUCGCUCUCCUCUCUGGACACGUCGGGGAUCGGCUCAGGCUCCAGCAGUGCCUCCUCCUCCUCCGUCUCCUCCACCCCGGUGACGGCCUCGCGCACCCACAAGCGCUCGGUCUCAGGCAUCUCCAGCUACUCCUCCCUCUCGCUGCCCCUCUACAACCAGCAGAUCGACGACUGCUGCAUCAUCCGCGUCAGCCUGGCCGUGGACAACGGCAACAUGUACAAAAGCAUCCUGGUGACGAGCCAGGACAAGACCCCGGCGGUGAUCCGCAAGGCUAUGGCCAAACACAACCUGGAUGGGGAUCGGCCAGAAGACUACGAGCUCGUUCAGAUCAUCUCUGAGGAAAGAGAGCUGAAGAUCCCCGACAACGCCAACGUCUUCUACGCCAUGAACUCUGCCGCCAACUAUGACUUUGUGCUUAAGAAGAGGGGCUUCUCCAAGGGUGUGAAAAUGAAGCACGGUUCCAGCUCCACCCUGCCCCGGAUGAAGCAGAAGGGCCUGAAGAUCGCAAAGGGCAUCUUCUAGCCAGGGCCUGGCCACACUCCUCGGCGACUGGGCUUGGAGGGGAGCCUGCUACGGGACUGGCUGCUGGGCUGUCUUAAUGCCCCGAGCCUGGCUGAGGGGAGCAAGCCUCGCCUGCGAGGAAGGGAGACACACUCCUGGAACUGAAUGCGCGGGUGUGGCCAGGGCGCCUCCGUGGAAACCUGCGUCCAAUCCCAUCUCCUUUCUCCACGGGGGCUGGGUUGUUAACGCCCCCCCCCAACGUGCGAUGCCACUGUGGCCGUCGGGUUGCCCAGAGCUGGGACCCGCCUCUCUGCCUUAGGUGCCUUCUGUCAGAGCAGAGGAGAGCAGGACUUACCGAGGGCUCUGUUCGCCUGCAGGAGCGGCCGCGUUCGGGGAGUUGGCACGCUCAGCUGGCCACUGGGGAGUCGGCCAAGGGUUCCACGGGAGCGAAGGAGCCAGGCUCUCGACGCUCCAGCCAGGUGCAUCGCCUGUGCCGGGUCGGGCCCUGGAGUCACUUCACUUCCGUGUCCCUCUGCUGGGAUAAAAACGGCAGCAGGACUGUUCUGUGUCGUCCGCUUGCCCCCAGGAGCUGCACUUCACCCCGCACCACUCCCAACGGGGAGGUAAGCGGGAAAACACAGCUGCUGCUCCAUGUGACUUGGAACCCCGGGCGGUGGAGCGUUCUGGCCUGGCAGGUGCUUUUGGUGACUGAGCAGCUGUUUUCUACUGACCCUCGGGGUUGGACUCCUGUGUCCCUCCACAUGCUCCGUCCUUUUCAAACCUGCACCAAAGAUCAAAUGCCAGUGUCUCUUCGUAGGCAAAAAAAAUACCCAGCCGGAGCUGCCAUCUGAGCAAGGAGGAGAGGAGCCAAUUUCUGUACAAAUGCCUGUAAAUAGAGACUUUUUCUUUUGGGUUGGGUGGGAGAGGAGCAGCCGCGUGGGGCUAAACACCCCUGACUCCAAUCCCCCAGCCCCCAGAAAGUGCCACUCACCUUGGGCUUUAAAAAUACUUUUUAAACGUGUGACAAUGAAAUGGGGGGAGGGGGAAUCGGGAGAGGUGAGCAAACUUUUGUAAAAAACCCCAAACCCUGAUGUUUACGGAAUUUUUUUCCAUAUUUAUUGGUUGUAAAUAGGACUGUCGAACGUGUAUAUUUUAACUAACACCUCCCCCACCCCGCUUGUAUUUAAGUUGCUGGGAGCGAUCUUUGUAACGGCUGCGUUGUUCUGUUGCGUGCAGGUCUGGACCCUUUUCCACAUCCCCUUGUUUCUUUCUCACUUACCAGGGAAUUGCUUCAGCAGGGGAGAAGAAAAGCCCAGUUUUUAAAACAAAACACUCACUAAAGGGGGCUCUUUGUUCCUGGCCCUGCUCAAGGUCUUCUCUGUGUAUGCCUCACCUCUGCCCCUUGUCUGUCUUGUAGCUAUGUGGGGGCCUUCCAUGAGCAAGCCCAGAGCAGUGGGGAGGAGACCUGUCUCUUAGGAGCCAGCUCUGUUGGAAAUUGCCACCUGCAACACAUGUCCCGCCUGGGCAGGGAGGAAAGUGAAGAUGCAGGGAUGCGGGCGGGGGAGCAAAGCAAGUGGAAUGUCUCAAGCUGUAGGGGAAGGAUUUUCUUAUCACAACAGGAACUGAGCUGCUUAGCCUGUUGGCUUUUCUGUGACCUGCCUGCUCUCUCCUGCCCCUGCAGGUCAGACGCCUGGAGCAGCUGCUUCGGGGCUGGGUGGUAACUCCUAGCAGGGGCUUGGGCCUGUUACUCUGGAGUGAUGCUGCUUUGCCUGGGCCCGUCGCAGAGGGGGUUUGUUCAGGCCCUUGCAUAAGAAGUAACCCCUUUCCUAAGGGCUGCUGGGUGCUUUCCCUCCCCACGUUCCCUCCCCUGCACAUGAAGGGAGCCGUGGCCUCCUUGAAGCAGGGGUUGAGGGCAUCCUGCCUGGAGGAGCCUCUCCACCGCUCUGCCUAUUGCAUCCCCAGCUGCUCCUCUGGGGCCCCCUUUGCCAGGCAUAGCCAGUAACAGGCUGACGAGUGGCGGCCCUGCUGUGCUGCCUGCCUCCACCAGGCAGCUGCGCCUGUCUCCUCCUUCACUGCAGCUCGGUGUUGUGCCACAGGAGGCCUGUGCCUUGGUGCCAUGCUGGCUGGGAGGACAAGAUCCUUCGCCUCCCGGCAAAGCUGCUGCAGCUCAGCCAGCAUGGCCGGUCUUCCUGGAACCCCAGGGCCUUCCCUUCUCCCACACUACGCAGUGGCACCAAGUGCCUCAAUGCUACUGUCUUGCGGGGGCACCCUGGCUCCAGAGGCUCCUACAGGGUGAACUGUCACUGUGAAAUAUUCCCCCUUAACUCCCUAUGAGAAUGUGAAACACACACACACACCCUGCUGGAGACCGAGGCAAACUGACCCCAGCCCUGCCCCCCUCCAGUGUCUGCCUGCCUGCUCUGCUUGCCAAUUGCUCUGUGCCUGAACACAUGUGCCCACUUGGGCAGGGUCCACCCACCUGCCUUCCCAGGUGGGCUCGGACGCUGCCGCCCACCCCUAUCUAUGUGAUCACUGCAGCCGGCUGUAUGAUAUGUAUGUAUUUUGUAACACGACUUCCAUGAAGGUGCACACUGCCCAGGGUGACUUGUACACAGCCAUGUAAUUAGUCUUUGCAAUAAAAGACCACCGUGCAACCCUC